AUGCUCAUUCUUACUGUCUCCACGGUAGCUGGUCUUGCCAUUUACCGUGCAGCCCUUGCAGACCCUGUCAUAAACCAUAUCACCCUCCUUACUCGUCGGCCUGUUCCAUCGUGGGCUUCCCCCCCGCCCGAUGCAGCAAACAAGACCACUACUAUCCUCCACAACAACUUCCUAUCUUAUCCACAAGAAGUCGCACGGCGCCUCGCCGAGAAUGACGCGUGCAUCUGGGCCCUCGGAAAGACGUCAAGUGGCAUGAACGAGCAGGAGUACACCAAAAUAACGCACGGGUACACGCUCGCGGCCGCGCAAGCCCUAAAGGACGCCAGUGCUGGGGACGGAGAAGGGAGAUCAGCGCAGAAGCCGUUUCGGUUCGUAUUCAUUGUAUUCAUUAGCAGCGAGCUGGCCGACCCUGCAGCGGCAUCAUACAUGCCCAUGUUCACUCGCGUCAAGGGGAAAACGGAGAAGGAUCUCGCUGACUUGUGCAAUGGGGCGCAACACAUGAAGGUGCACAUCCUCCGUCCGGGUUAUUUCUUCCCCUCUACCCAAUAUCCAGAAGAUCGCCGAAAUCAGCGCCCGAGGGGGGAUGUCUUCCUCGAUGCCUUUCUUUGA